GCCAUAGCUCAAGUCGGUCUCAUGCAUAACCAUUGGUAUUGUUAAACGGCGAUCUUCCUGAACCAGCGCCUCGACUUUGUUCACUGUGUCCAUAUCAUCAGUAAGUGAGGGGCGUCCACUUCUUGGCUCAUCUGUGAGAGACAUGUUACCGGUUUGGAAAUUCCUUUUCCAUCUCACAACAGUGUCAUAGAAGGGACUAUCAUCACCAUCAACAGAUUUCAUCUCAUCGUGAAUUUGUCUUGCAGUGCAGCCCUUCAAGUGAAAGAACCUAAUGACACUGCGCGCUUCAGUCUUCUUCAUACUUGGAGAAAUAUCCACCAUGAAAACCUUUGCUGUAGCAGUCUGUUUGGUCCUGUUGGUGGCGAUGGCCUCAGCCACAUACAGACAAUACGGCGGAGGCUACGGAGGAUAUGGAAGUGCAUACUAUCCAAGAUACGGAUAUGGAGGAAAUGAUGCAUGGAACAACCAAGACUUCAAUCAGUAUGCCAACAUCAAUCAGCAACAGUCCAACAAGCAAAAGGUCGACCAAGAUUACUAUCGUCGUGGUGGACAUGGAUUCUUCUACCCCGGCGGCAAGGGCCAUUGGUGAUAAUAUGAUUGUCCAUUCACAUUGUCCAUAAUGCAGGACCAUAAUCUUUGCUUAUGUGACUAAUAUGACCUGAAUAAAAACGUAAGUGCUAUAA